UUGAGACGUAAUUCCAAAAGUGACUGUUUUCAGGUUUUAUUUCAGUUUUUGAAGGAGAUACGGGUGUUUGGGAGAAUUUGAUGGAUGUGUGUGUUUGUGUGUGUGUAUAUAUAUAUGUGUGUGUGUGUGUUUUUGAGCGCUAUUCCAGACCACACUCCACACUAGUUGAUGGCGGUAAUGCACCAUUCGUUGUGUACCAACUGCCAUUUCAACCCCAGAAGAAGGAGCUGCUAGCAGAGCUAGCUUGUUGUUGUCCUGGUGUCUCUCUGAGAAACGCGCUCGUUUUGCUGCUUUCAUCAGACUGAAGAGGUUCCCUCUAUCAGACUCGCUCAUCUGAGUUGGUCAUGAUGCAGGAUCGCUGCUCGCUCUCUCAUCCAUCCUGCUCACACUCUCCGACGGAAAAGCCCCGAAUCUGAAUGUGACUCUGGAGGAAAAAGCGGUUAGCUCUACUCCGUGAACUCUGCUGUUAGCUAAACACGGCUAAAGAGAACCUGCUACCACUUCAGGAUCAUCCAUCAGCAUGGACGCAGAUGUUCAGCAGUUGGUGCUGAUUUGAAAAGCAGCUUCUGAACGACUGAGGUCUCCUUUGAACCAGAAGGACCUGGAGCCCCUCAACAUGACCAAGGAAUAGGAGGAGCAGUUUAAUGAGAUUAAAACUUGGAUCAGCACCAACCUAACGACAGAGAUCUUCCAACCAGCAGCACCACUGUCCCAAUGACAGCAGUAAGUGGUAGAGAGGACUGUGGAGGAGCAGAAAGUACCAGCAAUCCAUAUCUAAAUCUUUAUGAAGAUGAUUCCAACUCUUCAGAGACUGAAGUCAGCAAUAAUGAAGAUGACCAAGAUGGCAACAAUUCUGAAUGUACGCUGAAACUCAUGUCAGACUGUGAGCCUAAAACUAAAGAUUGUAACGACUGGAAGGAGAGCAGGUCUUCUAAAUCACAUGUUAAGGCUGGCAAAUCUUUUCACUGCCCAGAUUGUAGUAAAGAAUUUCGCCAUGAGUGGUCUCUCCACAAACACAUGACAGGAAGUAAUCACUCAGAAGUUAGGCCUUCAAGCUGUUGUAUUGAUAAGAAACGUGUUAGAGUGAAGCAAAAUAUUGGACAGAAGCCUUUUGCUUGUGAGCUCUGUGGAAAAAGAUUUAGAGUAAAGUUCAGUUUAGACAUACACAUGAGAGUCCACACAGGACAGAGGCCUUUUGCUUGUGAGCUUUGUGGAAAAAGAUUUAGAGUAAAGUUCAGUUUAGACAUACACAUGAGAGUCCACACAGGACAGAGGCCUUUUGCUUGUGAGCUUUGUGGAAAAAGAUUUACCCAACAGGGAAAUUUAAACAUACACAUUAGAAGCCACACAGGAGAGAAGCCUUUUCCUUGUGAGCUUUGUGGCCAAAGAUUUAGUGGAAAGUCAAGUUUAACUAUACACAUGAGAGCUCACACAGGACAGAAGCCAUUUGCUUGUGAGCUCUGUGGCCAAAAAUUUAGUGUAAAGUCAAAUUUAACCAUUCACAUGAGAGUCCACACAGGACAGAAGCCUUUUGCUUGUGAGGUCUGUGGCCAAAGAUUUAGUGUAAAGUCAAAUUUAGCCAUUCACAUGAGAGUCCACACACAACAGAAGCCUUUUGCUUGUGAGCUCUGUGGCCAAAGAUUUAGUGUAAAGUCAAGUUUAACCAUUCACAUGAGAGUCCACACACAACAGAAGCCUUUUGCUUGUGAGCUCUGUGGACAAAGAUUUAGUGUAAAGUCAAGUUUAACCAUUCACAUGAGAGUCCACACAGGACAGAAGCCAUUUGCUUGUGAGCUCUGUGAACAAAGAUUUAGUGUAAAGUCAAAUUUAAACAUUCACAUGGGAGUCCACACAGGACAGAAGCCGUUUGCUUGUGAGCUCUGUGAUCAAAGAUUUAGUGUAAAGUCAAAUUUAAACAUUCACAUGAGAGUCCACACAGGACAGAAGCCGUUUGCUUGUGAGCUCUGUCAACAACGAUUUUCCCAAAAGGAACAUUUAGUCACGCACAUGAGACUCCACACUGGACAGAAGCCUUUUGCUUGUGAGCUCUGUGGAAAAAAAUUUAGAGUAAAGUUCAGUUUAGACAGACACAUGAGAGUCCACACAGGACAGAAGCCUUUUGCUUGUGAGCUAUGUGGAAAAAGAUUUACUCAAAAGGGAAAUGUAAACAAACACAUUAGAAUCCACAAAAGAGAGAAGCCUUUUGCUUGUGAGCUCUGUGGCCAAAGAUUUAGUGUAAAGUCAAGUUUAACUAUACACAUGAGAGCUCACACAGGACAGAAGCCAUUUUCUUGUGAGCUCUGUGGCCAAAGAUUUAGUGUGAAGUCAAGUUUAAACAUUCACAUGGGAGUCCACACAGGCGAGAAGCCUUUUGCCUGUGAGGUCUGUGGACAAAGGUUUACCCAAAAGUCAAGUUUAAACAGUCACAUGAAACUCCACACAGGACAGAAACCUUAUGCUUGUGAGGUCUGUGGACAAAGAUUUUCCCGAAAGGCUCAUUUAGAAUCACACAUGAGAGUCCACACAGGACAGAAACCUUAUGCUUGUGAGGUCUGUGGACAAAGAUUUUCCCGAAAGGCUAAUUUAGAAUCACACAUGAGAGUCCACACAGGACUCAAAGUAUCCCGUUAACUCCAAUGAUUCCUGCUGUCAUUUUAAUUUUCACAUCUUUAACGUUUAGCUUUGUUUAGUCAGUGGUGCCAGGUUUGGUUUCUGAAUGAAUUAAUGUUAGCUUUCCUGUUGCAGCAAAUGAUUAAAUGUUCACUUUCUAUUUAGUUUAGUUUAGUUAAGUUUAGUUUUUUAUCUCAAACAAAGAAAACAUACAUAAUAAAAAAAAUAACAGAAAAAAUAUAUGAAAUCAUCAUUCUUUUUUUUCUUCCUCUCUGUCUGAAAAGGAGUAGGCUGAAGUCGAAACUUUUAUGUCCCUACCCCUUUUAUACAUAUCAAUCUUUACUUAUACUUAGUAUUACUAUACCAAAUGUAACACAAAACCACAGAGACACACAGGACAAACAAUCAUGCACACACUCACACCUAAGGACAAUUUAGACAGACCAAUUAACCUAACAGUCAUGUUUUUGGACUGUGGGAGGAAGCCGGAGUACCCGGAGAGAACCCACGCAUGCACAGGGAGAACAUGCAAACUCCAAGGAGAAAGAUCCCAGGCUGGGAAGUGAACCCAGGACCUUCUCGCUGCAAGGCAACAGCUCUAACCACUGUGCCACUGCGGGGGGGCAGCAUCCCAACUUGGGAGCUCCAGACUGUCCUCUCCCUGGCCUUCUUCACCAGCUCCUCCAGCAGGACCCCAAGGCGGUCCCGGACAAGAUUGGAGAUGUAAUCUCUCCAACGUGUCCUGGGACGACCCGGGGGCCUCCUGCCGGCAGGACAUGCCCGAAAUACCUCCCCAGGGAGGCGUCCAGGAGGCAUCCUGACCAGAUGCCCAAACCACCUCAACUGGCUCCUUUCGAUCCGGAGGAGCAGCGGUUCUACUCCGAGUCCCUCCCGAAUGUCCAAGCUCCUCACCCUAUCUCUGAGGCUGAGCCCGGCCACCCUACGGAGGAAACUCAUUUCGGCCGCUUGUAUCCGCGAUCUCGUUCUUUCGGUCAUUACCCAAAGCUCAUGACCAUAGGUGAGGAUUGGGACGUAGAUCAACCGGUAAAUUGAGAGCCUGGCUUUCUGGCUCAGCCACUAGUUUAUAUUUGUACUUACUUUAAUUUCUUCUUCUAAACUGUUCCAUAAUUUAACCCCUAUUAUUGUGAUACACAUAAUUUUUAAUGUUGUUCUAACAUUAUGUAUCUUUAAAUUUAGUAUCCCUCUCUCAAGUUGUAUUCUCCUUCUCUCUCUGUGAACAGUUUCUGUAUUUUAUCAGGUAUUAAUUUGUUUCUUACUUUAUAUACUAUUUGUGUUGUUUUGUAAUUAACCAAGUCCUGGAACUUCAUUGUCCGUGUUUUAAUAAAAAGUUCAUUUGUGUGAUCCCAGUAUCCUGCAUUUGUUAUUAAUCUGAUAGCCUUUUUCUGCAUUGUCGCUAUUGUUUGUGAAAUACUUUUGUACGUAUUUCCCCAGAUCUCUACACAAUAACUCGAAUAUGGCAGUAGCACGUAUUGUAUAAUAUAUAAAUUGCUUUCUGAUUAAAAAUAUACUUAGUUUUCCCCAUUAUAGCAAUGCCAGGUACAAGCUUCCCCCAACAUAUUUUAUAUGUGGCUUCCAACAGAUUCUGCUGUCUAUAACCACUCCAACAAAUUUAAUCUCAUAUACUCUUUCGAUAUUUACAUUAUUAAUUACUAUAUCUACUUCAUUGUAUCUGCUUUCAUUUCCAAAUAACAUAAAUUUUGUUUUAUCUAAAUUUAGUGACAGUUUAUUUACAUCAAACCAUUUAAAAAUGUAUUUAUUUCCUGUGUGACCACAUCCAGGACCUGUUGCAAUUCUACACCCGAGCAAAAAACAUUCGUGUCAUCUGCAAACAAUACAAACUUCAAUACUUGUGAAACCCUACAAUUGUCAUUUAUGUUCAUUAUGAAUAGUUUAGUCCCUAAUACUGAUCCUUGAGGUACCCCACAUUGUAUGUCUCUUUGAUUUAUGUUGAUUUAUUUGGACAAAUUGUUGCCUAUUUGAUAAAAAAAACUUUUUAUCCAGUCCAAUACUAUACCCCUGAAACCAUAUUUUUCCAUUUUUCCUCAUCAGUAUGUCAUGGUUAACUGUAAUGAAUGCUUUCUUCAGAUCGAAAAACAGCCCUAUUGCAUACUUCUUUUUAUCAAUGCAUUCUGUUACAUCCUCAAUAAGAUCAAUCAGUGCCUGGACUGUUGACCUAUUAUUCCUGAAGCCAUACUGGCUUUCAGUCAGCAACUCAUAUUGAUCAACGAAAUUAUCAAAUCUUUUAACAAAUAGUUUUUCUAAUUUUUAGAAAAAUUGUGAAAGUAUUGACACUGGUCUAUAAUUUGUAAAGUGAUGCUUAUCUCCUGUUUUGUAAAUAGGAAUUACCCGUAAUACUUUCAUCCUAUUCGGAAAAACCCCUUUUUGAAAAGAAAUAUUACAAAUGUGUGUUAAUGGUUUUACAACGCACUCAUCAAAAUUUGCAUAUAAGCCUCUGCUAUUGAAAUGAGCCAUAGUUAAACCAUUUUCUGAGUUAAAUGUUUUAUUUCUCUUAAAAAGCAUUGGUUCUGAGAUGUGAUUGGAACAUUUUAAUGAAUGAGCACAAAUAAAAAAUAAUUUUGAUAGUUAA